CAAUCAUAUCGAAUUUCGAAAUAAGUAAAUGUCAAUAUUUCAUUUUCUUUUUUGGUUAUUGCAUUAUUUACAUUUUACAAAUUAGAAAGAUAAUCAAAAUACGAGUUUUAGGUAAUCUUUGUUUCGAUAAAUUAACGAUUGAACCGUGAAAUAUUAUUAUAAUAUUUAUAUAAAAUCACCGUAGCUAUUCUAACAGCAUUUUUGAGCGGCAAGUGACAGAUUUUAAAACGAAAUUCAAGGUUAUGUAACCUUGGUACAAAAAUAUUGUAAAUUUUUAUUAUUUAGAACAAAAAUGGCAGCAAAAUAUAAACAUUUCUGGAACCGGUGGACGCGCCUGACAAGAAGUUUCACGCCUAUUCCAAAAACUAUUGUGAGAAGAACAACAAUUAGCCCUGUCGGUGUAAUAUCGGUUCCAUGUAUGAUGGGAUUUUCAUUGUUUACUUGGCUUGGCUUUGAGAAGAAGGCAACCGUAGAAGACGAACUGAUUCACACUAUAAAACAUUGCGUUUUAUUUAUCCAAAGGACUGAGUACGAAAAGGCAGAAAAGCUUCUUCAUGUAGCUUUAAGACAAGCACAACAAUUACAACAUCAGCUAGGCAUUACUUACAUUUAUGACGUUAUGGCGAACUUGGCUCUUGAAAGAGAACAAUUGGACAAAGCCAAGCAACUAUUUGUUGUAGUAACUCAAAGGAUAAUGCAAGAUGGGGCCACCGAGGACGACUUCCGAGUAGUACAUAUAAGUGCUAAGUUGGCACGCAUAAGCCAUUUGAAAAAGGAAUAUGAAACAGCUCAAAUAGGGUAUGACUGGUGUUUACAAAAACUAAAUGAGGCUGUAAAGGAAGAACCCACUGAUGACCGAAUUAAACUAUUAGCCCUUACUGAAGAUUGGUACGGUAGAAUGUACCUUGAACACAAUCAAUAUGAACAGGCAUUGAAGAUGAUGGUUAGCUCAUUAAACAGAAUGAAACAAGUAUCUGAAGUAGAAAAAGAGCACAUAGCCCUCCAAUUGAAUGAUAUUGGUACAGUCUGUGACCAUUUAAAAAGAACUGAUGAAAGUAUAGACUAUUUCAAAGAAGCCAUUGCUGUAGCAAAACCACUUGAAAUGGAUUACUUAGGUUUAAUGUAUAUUAACCUAGGCAGAGCUUAUUUAAAUAAGAAAUUAAUAGAUGAUGCUAGAAAAAACUGUGGCUUUGCUUGGAGACUUGGUGUUAUGUCAAGGAAUGAAGAAAUCAAAAAGGAAGCCGAAUCAUGCAUGAAUCAAAUAAAAAACAUCGCUUAAUUAUUAUUUUUAUUAAAAAUUAAAAUAUUUAUAUUGCAA